AUGGCGGCUUCACGUCGACAGCGCACCUAUGCCGUCGACACGACACAGGAGCAUAAACCAGGCUUAACACUGCUCUAUGUGGUCUUUAUGUGUCCCAUAUGGGCGCAGUUCACACUGAUAGUCUCAAUAAAUGCUGAAGACCAAAAAACAAACAUCCAUGAUGAUCUAAAGAGUGGAGGUUUGAACCGCUGCACACCCUGUUCCUCCUCAGAAAACCAGAACUUGCCUGACGACAGCUCGCUUCAGCCUGAAUCCGCCUCCCUCGGUGACAACGCUGUCAGCGCCGACGAUGAAGGAGGGAAGAGGAGUCACAAAUUUCAAAGCUGUGAGGACGAUGAGGAGGAGGGACACCUGGUCUAUCACAUCGGCCUGGUGAUGAAAGACAGAUAUGAAAUCAUGACUACACUUGGAGCAGGAGCUUUUGGGAAAGUGGUUGAGUGUAUGGACAGGGAGAAAAAUGAGCGCGUCGCUGUGAAGAUUGUGAGGAACAUCGACGUGUUCAGAGAAGUGGCGAAGUCUGAAGUGGCCGUGUUGGAAGAGAUCAACAGUCUGGACGAUGACAACAGAUUUGCCUGUGUGAGGAUGCUGGACUGGUUCGAGUACCACGGUCACAUCUGCAUCGUUUUCGAGCUGCUCGGCCUCAGCACCUUCGAGUUCCUCCGACAAAAUGAGUUUCUGCCGUUCAGCGUGGAGCAGAUCAGACACAUGGCCUUCCAGCUCUUCAGAGCCGUCUGCUUCCUCCAUCGUAACAAGCUGACCCACACAGAUCUGAAACCAGAGAACAUCCUGUUCGUCUGCUCCGAUUAUGACCUCGAGUUCAAUAGCGAGACGAGGUCUGAGACGAAGAAGCUGAGGAGUCUGGAUGUGAAAGUGGUGGAUUUUGGCACCGCCACAUUUGACCACCAGCACCACGAGUCGCUGGUGUCCACGCGCCAUUACCGAGCUCCAGAGGUCAUACUGGAUCUGGGUUGGAACCAGUCCUGUGAUGUUUGGAGUCUGGGCUGUGUGCUCAUGGAGUUUUACCUGGGACGGACUCUCUUCCCGACUCAUGACAGUUUUGAACAUCUGGCCAUGAUGGAGAGAGUCCUGGGGCCGAUUCCUCCACACCUGCUCAGACAGACAAAAAAGCAGAACUACGUGCACAACGAGCAUCUGAACUGGGAUAAGCAGAGCUCCUCAGACGACUACAUCAGGAAACACUGUCAGCCGCUGAAGCAGUGUAUGUGGAGGAGGAACGAGGAUGAGAGGCAGCUGUUCGACCUGCUCAGCUGCAUGUUGGAGUACGACGUCUGCAGAAGGAUCACCCUGGAGGAGGCGCUGUGGCACCCGUUCUUCAGCCCGAUGAGGACGCAGAGCAAACAGCGCAGCUAG